GGUCCGAUCGCGCGGCCAAACUCGCCCCAGGCUUCCUUCCCGCUCUGGCGCCCAAGCCGGCCACGGGCCCUUGCGAUGCUGCGUGGCGAAGUCUAACCAGCCCUGCGGAAGGGUUAGCGAUGAUUGGCACCGCCAGCGCCAGUUCUCGGGACCGCGAUGCUUGAGGGGCAGGAAGAGGAGGGCGACCUUCCGACGGACAGCGAUGAAAGCGUCUAUUCUGGCCUGGAAGACUCUGGGAGCGACAGCCUUACGGAGGAGGAGGAGGACGAUCGGGAUCGCGGAGCUGAGGAGAGGCUGCGCUCCAGAAACCCGCAAGCUGGAAAAGCAACACAGUUGGGUCCUAAAAUCAGGAGUAAAGCAACAGAUCCACAACCUCCCUUGCAGAAUGAGUAUGCAGAAGACAGCUCUGAUGAAGAGGACAUCCGCAACACCGUCGGCAACAUCCCCAUGGGGUGGUACCAGGACUUCCCGCACAUUGGCUACAACUUGGACGGCAAGGAGAUUUACAAGCCCAUCCGCUCGAAGGACGAGCUGGAUAAGUUCCUGGAGAAGAUGGAGAACCCUGACUACUGGCGAACUGUCCACGACAAAAUGACUGGGGUGGAUGUGAAGCUAACGGAUGAGCAGGUGGAGCUGGUGAGCCGUCUUCAGAGGGGCCAGUUUGGGGACGUGAACUUCAAUCCGUACGAGCCAGCCGUGGAUUUCUUCAGCAGCCAGGUGAGGAUCCAUCCUGUGACAAACCGGCCCCCGGACAAGCGAAGCUUCAUCCCCUCCCUGGUUGAGAAGGAGAAGGUCUCUAAAUUGGUCCAUGCCAUCAAGAUGGGCUGGAUCAAGCCAAGGAGGCCCCGGGAGGACACUGUGGCCUUCUAUGACCUUUGGGCUCAGGAGGAUCACAACUCCAUCCUGGGACGGCAUAAGAUGCACGUGCCCGCCCCCAAACUUCCCUUGCCUGGGCACGAGGAAUCCUACAAUCCACCUCCAGAGUAUCUUCCGACAGAGGAGGAGAAGCUAGCCUGGGAGCAGCAGGAGCCUUCGGAGCGCAAGCUGAACUUCCUGGCCCAGCGCCAUGACUGCCUGCGCCGAGUGCCAGCCUACCCUCGCUUCAUCCAUGAGCGCUUUGAGCGUUGCCUCGAUCUCUACCUGUGCCCACGCCAGAGGAAAAUGCGGGUCAGCGUGGAUCCCGAAGACUUAAUCCCCAAGCUGCCCAAGCCGCAAGACCUGAGACCCUUUCCAACCGUGCAAGCCUUGGUGUAUCGUGGCCACACCAGCCUCGUGCGCUGCAUUAGUGUCUCUCCUGCUGGGCAGUGGCUAGUGUCCGGUUCAGAUGAUGGCACAGUGAAGUUCUGGGAGGUGUGCACAGCCCGGUGUGUGAAAAGUCUCCCAGUGCAAGCUGCGGUGAAGAGCAUUGCUUGGAAUCCCAACCCUGCCAUCUGUCUGGUGGCUGUGGCUGUGGAGCACACAGUACUGCUGGUGAAUCCUGGCCUUGGGGAUAAGCUGCUCUGUGGGGCCACCGACCAACUUCUGGAAGGCUACGUGCCCCCUGAGGAGGGCCGUCUGCAACCCGUCACGUGGGAGGAAGCCACGGAAGAGGAGCACCGCUUGGGCAUGCGGCUCAGAGUGAGAUUCGGAAAGCCCUUGAAACAGGUGACGUGGCAUGGAAGGGGGGACUACUUUGCCACGGUAGUGUCGGACAAUAGCCACCUCCAGGUCCUGAUCCACCAAGCCAGCAAGCGCUGGAGCCAGGCACCCUUCCGCCGGAGCAAGGGCCAGGUGCAGUGCGUCCUCUUCCACCCGCUGCGGCCCUUCUUCUUCGUGGCCACCCAACGCUUUGUCCGCGUCUACCACCUGCUCAAGCAGGAGCUCACCAAGAAGUUGCUCACAAACUGCAAGUGGGUGUCCGGCAUGGCUCUCCAUCCUGGAGGCGACAACUUGAUCUGUGGCAGCUAUGACAGCAAACUCGUCUGGUUUGAUUUGGACCUCUCCACAAAGCCUUACCGGGUGCUCAGGCACCACAAGGCAGCCCUGAGGACAGUGGCUUUCCACCCUUCUUACCCCCUUUUCGCCUCGGGCUCGGAUGAUGGCAGCGUCAUCGUUUGCCACGGCAUGGUCUACAAUGACCUGCUUCAGAACCCGCUCCUUGUGCCCGUGAAGGUGCUGAGGGGCCACCAGUUGGCCCACGACCUGGGAGUCCUCGAUGUCCUUUUCCACCCCACCCAGCCAUGGCUUUUUUCUGCGGGUGCAGAUGCCACCAUCCGGCUCUUCACGUAGCUCUGCGCUCCCCUUGUGGCCCUGCAGCGGCGUCCAGAUCCAAGACAGACUUGGCAGGAGGGUGGGAGGCAGGGGUCUGCCAGCCCCUCCUUGGGCUUCAUUCCCUGGAAGGCUGGAGCUGUGAUGCAGGCAAGAAUAAGGAAGCGGCUGGAGCCGCUUCCCAAGUUGCAGGAGUCCAGCUGGAAGAGAUGGCGGUUCUCGAGAACCGGUUGAUGCGUGUAGACGUGCAACCGCACUGAAAUAUGCAGAGCACCGGAACUGUCCUUUGCAUUGUCCCUUCUGUUCUCUUGGUAAAUAAAAACUGCCUGAUUUGAAA